AUGCAGGAUGAGAUGAAGAAAAUGCAAGAUGAGAUUAGGGAGAAGUUGAUUCAAGAAGCACCUGAGUGUACUACACCUGAUUAUAUAAAAGUGCCAUUGGAUGCUAAGUUUGGAAUCAUGGUUGAGAAGCUUGGGAGGAAGGGAAGAUCAAUCUAUGGUGUAGGUCUCAAGAUGCUAUCAACUAAUUUCAUCACUUUGCAAAAGGAGAAUGAAGAUUUGAGAGCCCAAUUGAGGUCCGUUUUGAUUGCAUCUCAGGGCCAAACUAGCACCAGCUCUAGAGGUAGUAAUGGUGUCCUUUCUGAUGAUGACUAUUAUGAUGAACUAGCAAACCACAAUCUUGAUGAGAACUAA